AUGGCCUACUUGCUGGGAUGGAAAGACAUACUCCGGCCAAUUCGUGAUGGAUAUCGCCAUCUGUUCCCCGCACCGGACACAGGGCCAACGCCUGAGGAGAGACGCAAACAACGCGAUCUGGAUCGGCUCAAAGGCUUCACUUACUUCGACACUUUUGAUCAAUUAGAGGCGUGGACAAAAGGUGAUUGCGACUCUUUUCAAAGAGCCAACACCCCCCGCAUACGAACAGAGGAUAGGGGUACAAACGACAGCCUCGAUAAAGCAGAUGUUCUCUUGAUCCAUGAUUACUCCGGAAACUACCAUGAUUAUGAGAGCGUACAGGGGACCGGUGUUGAUGCGGAGCUCUAUUCCUGUGAAUAUCUUCAAUUUGUCGAUGUAUUCAUCUACUUCUCACACAAGCUUGUCUGUGUGCCUCCGCCAACGUGGACGAAUACGCUUCAUCGCAACGGCGUCGAGGUUCUAGGUACACUCCUAGUUGAGCCACAAACUGAGGGCUCUGAGCGUCUCCUACAGCAUACGCGUGAGGGUCAAACCCUGAAUUUUCUGUUGGCAAAAACUCUAGCAAGAAUUGCUGCGCAUCACGGUUUCGACGGCUGGCUCGUGAACAUUGAAAAACGAUUCCCAAAUGAUGUUUGGGACCCCGCAGUCCUCGAAGCCUUCCUUUGCCAGCUGAGAGCCGAAAUGGGCGGUACAAUGAGGCUUAUAUGGUAUGAUGCUCUCACCGUUUCGAACAAGAUAUCGUACCAAAAUGCGCUGAACACGUCCAACAUCAAGUUCGCAUCGGCCUGUGGAAGUAUACUCACAAAUUACUGCUGGAAAGAUGCUGAGGCUGAAAACUCGCUACAGCUUGCUCUGUCGAGCAAGAUCUCGCCCGAAAAUGUCUUCUUUGGCAUUGAUGUAAUAUGGGGGAGGGGCACCAACACUGGUGUUGCUGUGGCUAAACUUGCCGACCUAGGGCUGUCAGCAGGCAUAUUUGCCCCAGCGUGGUCCUUUGAGCAUUUUCCCGGAAAGGGGCGUGACGCUGAACGUACAGUCUGGCAAGGAACCCCACUUCCGCAUGACAUGGACUGCUCUUGUGGAGAUUGCUCGUCGCGUCAUCAGCCCAAUGAUGCUUUUGCAAUCCUCAAGAAUGCGAAAGAGCGUGUGGCUGGCUCAGAAAACUUCUUCUACACUGACUUCACGCGCGCUUUUGCUAUGCAUGACGACGCAUCGAACGAUCUAUUCGACGGCUGUAGUAUCCAUGCUCAACUAGGUAGUCAAUCCAUUCUUCCGCGUCCAGUCAUUUUCGGAGACAGACAUCAAGCUGUUGAGCUCUGGCACCGUCUUGACAAUAGCUCAAGUACUUCCUGCUUGGUAAUUGAGGCCACACAAAAUCAUUCGAAUACUGAUGACACGACAGAAGUCUGGCUUCCAUUAUUCAAACUCGAUAUGCCCGCAGAUGGGUCUUUGCAAGCUGAAAUAUACAGUGACAAUGCGUCAUUAUUAGCUGGCCAUAGUAUUCUCAGCUUUUACACUCGAACCACAGAUUCUGUUCACCUUGCCACCAUCACACCCGGGAAAGGAAUUCAGCGAACAGUAUGCUCACCAGAGUCUUUUGUGCCUGACGCACGCAUUCAGGAGCUUGGGGUCCAUUUGAAAGGCUCAAUCAGUACUGCUCUAGGUAAGACUAUGCAGUUACUGAAUAUCACGAGUGUCCGGAUUAUGCCGAUUUCCACUUUUCAGAUGUCUUCUUCAUUAUACAUCAACCAAAUUCAACUUCAAAAGCGAGGUGAAGGAGAUUGUGAGCGCGUGCAGCUGGUUUGGGGCUACAAAGACCAUGGAAGAACUAAAUAUAAAGACAACGGAAUUCCCCGUAGCAACAUUACAGGGCCUUUCUCGCAUUUUGUCAUUUCCACGGAUGGAAGAAUGCUCGGUAAAGCAUACGCGUUGGAGCAUAUUCUAAAAAAACAAUUCGCUGCGAAGAAUGCGGGAUCGACUCUGGAAUUCGAGCUUGUUGGGCAAUUAGUGAGGUUGUCUCAUACAUUGCCGAGGGUUUGUUAUCAGCUACAUCCGUCUGCAUCUGUCUUCACGGCAUCACAAGCCCGACGGCUUCAUGCGUCUGCAUUCACAAUGAGCCCAUCGAAGCGUAAACAUGAAAAAGAAACAUUAUCCCCUAAGUCGAAGAGACCAAAGGUCGAGAUACCUGCUUAUCACCUUGCUCAGUCGAGACAAGAUGAGAGUGGCGAGAUAGUUUGGCCCGCCAGGCGCGAACAAAUUGAAUGUGCGCGGACGAUUAUCAAAGAGUGUGCUAUUGCUCAGAAACCGACUGUCAUAAUACCAGACAAAGAUGCAGACGGCCUGUCUUCGGGUGCUAUACUGUACCAUACACUCACUACUCUCGGUUUAUCAUCUGACCAUAUAUCGGUGUACUUUCCUCCGAAAGGCUCUAACGUCCAUGACGAAAGCACAAAGGAAGCUCUUGCCGCUAUGUUGCCAGUGUACAUCUUUGUUCUAGAUCAAGGCAGCAGAAAGAGCCCGCCACUGAUUGACUCUCCACAUACAUGUCUUGUUAUAGAUCAUCACUUUGCAGAUGAAGGGGGUUUCCCAGAAGGUGCCGAGUAUGUCACGGCUCAUGAAUGUCCUCCUGUUGCAACAAGUGCCCUCUUGACAUACAACAUCUGCCUGCCAUUGCAUGUAGACUUGAAUGACAAGAUCUCCUGGCUUGCAGCACUGGGAACCCACGGCGACCUAGGCGGCACCAUCAAGUGGGAGCCACCCUUUCCAGAUAUGACGGCUACUUUCAAACAACACACGAAGAAGGCGAUCAACGAUGCCGUAGCCUUAGUCAACGCGCCGAGACGGUCGGCAGCUUAUAAUGUCGAGGAUGCGUGGGCUGCGGUGCUCUCUGCAAAAAGCCCUGGCUCAAUUGUCAAAGACGAGAAACUUCGUAACGCGUCUUUGGAGGUGCGACGCGAAACCGAGCGCUGCACGCAUACACCGCCCAUGUUCUCCGCGGACGCUACCAUUGCCCUACUGUCGAUAUCCUCGGCUGCACAGAUUCAUCCCGUCAUCGCGACCCGCUGGUCAGGUACUUUAAAGUCAAACAAGCUAGAGAUUGUAAUGUGUGCGAACGAGGGCUAUCUUCCAGAAAAAGUCAAUUUCUCGUGUCGAGUUGCUAGGUGUGCGCGGGCGCGGGAAGGGGAGGAGAAGAUUGACAUCAUCAAGAAGCUUGAGGGCAUUGUUGCUGGUGACAACGACCUGAGAGCAAGACUGGGAGAGAGCUUUGCAAGAGGACACAAGGAGGCUAGUGGUGGUAUUGUGGGAAAGCAAGAGUGGGAAGAGUUCAAGAAAUUGAUGGGCGUGGGGGAGCGUACGAAGAAGACGGAACCUGCCACUAGAAAGGAGAAGCCAACACAGAAAAACACACUUGCCAACUACUUUGGCAAAUCCGCAAAGGCAUAG